AUGCAACUCCCUCCAAAUUGCGAGAUUUUAGAUUAUGGCUCAUUUGCUGAUACAUCUUCUUUGCUCAAACUCGAGUUGCCUGAUUCGGUAAGAACUAUUGCUGGUUAUCAUAGCGUUUAUUAUAGAGUUUUUUCAUAUAGCGGAUUAGAAGAGAUAAAAAUUAAUCCAACAUCGAAAUUGACCACCAUUGGAAGUGAUUGUUUUACUGGGUCUCGCUUGAAGUAUUUCUAUUUUCCGGAGUUUUGCACAAAUGUGGUAUUUUCUGCUUUCCAAGAAUGCCCUAUUAUUGAAUUUUCCUUCCAUCCGAAUAAUAAAAAGUUCAAAACAGAUGGAACAAGUAUAUUCAUCGGAGAUAAUAAUAACACAUUGUUAUUUGUGAGUUCUGGCCUGACAGGAACAUAUACAGUUCCCAGUUUUGUGACAAGAAUUGAAGAUUCAUCUAUAAGAGGAGGAAAACUCUCAAAAUGUAUCUUCGGACCUCAAAUUACAUAUGUUGGUUCAUGGAUUUUGGGUUUAAAUAAAAUCACUGAAUUUGAAUUUCCUCCACAGAUGACAUCUGUUGCUGAAGCAAUGUUCUAUAGCUGCAGUUCUUUGACAACGGUGAAAUUCACUGAUUCAAUAGUUUCGAUUCAAAGGCUUGCUUUCGCUUUCUGCAGUUCAUUAAAAAACUUGACUUUACCAUCAAAAUUAAAGUCAAUUGGGAAUAGUGCUUUUGCAAAAUGCACUGCUCUAAAAACAUUGACACUUCCUGCAGGAUGUGAUCAAAUAGGUGAUGGUGUUUUCAGUGAGAUUUCGAUAACAAUCAAUUCAUUGAAUCCCGAGAUCCAAAUAGAUAAUUAUGUUAUGUAUAAAAACAAUCGUCAGACUAUCACAGCAUAUCUCGGAUCUGAUGCCUCAUCAAAUAUUGUAAUCAACAAGAGCUGCACAUUAAUUGGCUCAGGCGCAUUUCAAUCAAAGACAUUUUCACAAGUUACAUUUGACAACAACGAAAUGAUCAACAUCUCUUCUUAUGCAUUUGCUUCAUCAACGAUCAAAUCAAUAACAUUUCCAUCCGGAUUAAAGAAGAUUGAACAAUAUGCAUUCAGCAAUUGUAACAACCUUGUUCGUGUUUCAUUUCAAGGUUCCCAAAUUACAGAGAUUCCUGAUUAUUGCUUUUACCAAUGUCCUUCAUUGUCACAAAUUGUUCUCCCAUCUUCAAUCACAAAGAUCGGAAACUAUGCAUUCCGAGAAUCUCCAGUCAUUGGCGACAUCGGAAUAUCAAAUCUUAAUAGUCUUUCGAGCAUUGGCAUUUAUGCAUUCUAUCAAAGAGGUCUUACCACAGCAGACAUCUCAAGCCAAAGCCACACUAUUGGCAUGCAAGCAUUUGCACAAUCUAAACUUGAGAAUCUUACUAUUGCAUGCAACAUUUCGCAACAACUUUGCCAGCGCUGUACAUCCUUGAAGAAUUUACAAAUGAAGAGUGGUGUUGGAUAUAUCGAUGUUUAUGCAUUUGAUGGUUGCUCGUCUCUCACAGGUUUCACCAUUCCGAAAACACUUACUAAAAUACUUAACUUUGCAUUUCAAUCUUGUUCAUCACUAUCCAACAUCCGAAUGGUUUCGGAUUGCACAUUGAACUAUUGUGCAGGUGGUGCCUUCUAUGGCUGUUUCAAUCUUAAGACAAUCACACUUAACCCUAACGACAACAAAUAUUUGUUUGAGAACGGUGCACUCACAGAUCGCGACCAGACUAUCUUAUACUUCUUCCUACCAUACAGUGGUGUCAAGAACUUUGCUGUUCCUACCGAGAUGAUCACUAUUGGCAACUGUGCAUUCAUGGGUAGUCCAUCUCUUCAACGAGUUUUCUUCAGUGGCAUCAAGCUCCGAGAGAUCGGCUACCAAGCGUUUAAAGACUGCAUAAAUCUCAAUUUCAUCUUCUUCUCAUCAUCCAGUCUCACUAAGAUUGAUAACGAAGCAUUCGAUGGCUGUCCUUAUCUUAAGAAAUGCGGCUCAUUUCAAGCACCGACAGCACUUCAAGAGAAACUUAUUUCCAUCAAUAUCCCAAAGACUGCAUUUUCCGAUGAUUGUGAUCUAUCAAUAACUUGCAAACCUAUCAUGCGAUUUUCAUUCUCACUAGCAGUUCUUACACUUUUUAUUUUAAUGUAA